AUGGCUGCCAUUGAGACUGAUCUUCCACCCGCCACAGUGUUGUUAGACGCUGAUCGUCAAAGUUACAUCGGAUUGACAUCGAAGAAAGGCCGAUGGCAAAAGUUUGUUUCCUUCAUUUGGGAUUCCGAUUAUUAUGAGAAAUCUGACGCGGAGAGAAUGCUGGUUUUCAAACUUGACUGUUUCAUGCUGUCAGCGAUGACCAUCGGCUGGUGGCUGAAGAAUUUGGAUCAAAACAACCUGGCAAACGCAUACGUUUCUGGAAUGAAGGAAGAUUUGCACAUCAACGCCAAUCAGUACACAUAUAUGGGUACCAUCUACAACGCAGUCGUAGCAGCCAUGCAGAUCCCUUCCAGUUUUAUCGUAAUGAAGGUCAGACCUUCUUGGUUCUUGGCAGCUUGUGAGAUCGGAUGGGGGAUAUUCACUUUCGCUCAAGCCGGUGCUCAAAGCUACCAGGCGAUGUAUGGAUUCCGAUUUUGCGUGGCCCUAUUUGAGUCGUUCUACUAUCCUAUUGGGUUCUUCAUUCUUGGUUCGUGGUACACUAGACCUGAACUCGCCAAGCGGAUCGGAUUAUGGUUUGUUGCUGGACCAGCAGGAUCCGCCUUCUCUGGUUUUCUUCAAGCAGCCAUAUACAAGAAUUUGGAUGGCCUUCACGGUAUCGCCGGUUGGCGUUGGUUAUAUAUUGUCUGUGGUAUCAUGACCGUGCCAUGCGGUGUUACUUUGCUGUGGUUUGUACCUGAUUUCCCGGAGAACACCAAAGUUUGGUAUUUGACCGAGGAGCAGAAGGUAUUGGCCAAGGAAAGAGUAGCUAGAAAUGGGGCUCAAGCUAUGAAGGGCGAUAUCAACGGGCGAGUGAUCUUAUCAGCGCUGAAAGACUGGAAAUUCUGGAUAUUAGUGCCGUUCUACUGUAUUUACGGGUUCGCCGUUCAAAAUGGAACUCAAUUCGGUGUCUACCUUAAGGCGUACAAAUACAGUGUCACCCUUCGAAACGUCCUUCCUUCCUUGAUGUAUAUCAUCCAGAUUCCUUGCAUCCUCAUCUAUUGUUAUAUAUCCGAUCGAACUACUAGAAUCAGUAGAGGUUGGAUUAUGCUUGGGCCUCUGGUAUGGGGUAUCUUUCCAACAGCCAUACUCGCAUUUUGGCCUUCGUCUAAUUCUUUAAGGGUUUUUGCUUUCAUGGUCAACGGUUCUCUAUAUAUCACACCUGUUUUCUAUGCCUGGGUUUCGGAGAUGUGUGGUCACAAGAAGGAGCUUCGAGCUUUCAUUACUGGAUCAACGUCUUGUUUAUUCUAUACUUUUAACGCUUGGCUACCCGCCAUUGUGUUCUUACAGACUGAUGGCCCACGAUUCAAGAAAGGUUUCAGAACAACCUUUGCUUGUACCGUUACAAGUGUCGCUUUUGUGUUGCUGAUCAUCUACAUGCGGCGCCGGGAAGUCCAGAAGAUCGGAGGUGAAAGUCCUAUUGAGAAGAAUCAGCCUUCUGCGACGGCGAGACCUGAACAAGAUGAAGAUAUAGAAGCAAAGUUGUAG